GGCGAUACCUCUAGCCGACUCCUUACAUCUGAUUCUGAAGCACCAAACCGGCCACCACGGCGGAAGAAAGUACGUGGAGGCGGAACAUCAACCAUAGGACGGCGAAAAAGUGUAAGAAAGGCAGAUGUUGAUGGUGAGGCGGAUGGCGGAGUAUCUAGGCGGCGGAGUGUGAGGAGUAUAAAAAGGACUGGAACAUUACGUAGACCUGGAGCUUCAGCAGUUGUUGGAUCUAUCGGUCGUCGAAGUUCUCUUCGUAAAACCAGUUCUAUCCGACGACUAGAGAAGCGUCGAACCAUCACAGGGGAUCCCAAGGGGCAGGAGAGAGGGAAGGGGGAUAUCUACACCAAGGUGGCAAUACCCAGGAGUAAGAGCUUCAUGAACGUGUCGGGGCAGUACAACCUCCAGGAGCUGUUCAAGGAGUUGAAGGAGAAGGAGGGGAUUGAAAGUGUGGAUGAUAUAUUAAGAGAGGUGGUCAGCUCCGGUGGAAUGUCUUUUAACAAAAUUAAACCCGUGUACAGGGAGAUGCUGAUGAAGCUGGUGAUGACGAUGAGCAAGGACGAGAUCUUCAUCCGCUCCCAGAACAUCAUGAACGAGCAGAAGAAGAGGGAGGUCUCCAAUAAAACCAAAUCCUGGGUUAAUUUUGGCUCCCGCUCCUCUAAACCCAGUGUCCGCUCCUUGAACACAAAGCUCCCUGUUUCCAACCCUAAACCUAUCAAGGGGGUUCAGCAGAGAAAACAGCAGCAGGUCCCUGUCCAGAACAAGAAAAAGAUAAACAAAUCUGAGAUAGGAAACCCUGUUCCUAUCUCAAUACCUAAAAAGUUUGCUGUGAGUGUAGAGGAGCUACUGGAGGGGAUAGAGAAGCAACCUGUCUCUGAGGGGACCCGGAGUAAGAACGGAAGAAAGGAGAACCUGAAUGAUUCCUACAUGUCCUGUAGUGAGUGUGGAUAUCAAUCUUUGUGUGGAUCUGUUUGUUCAUGUUCAAUUACAGGAACACUUGAACGUAAACCUGGAGGUACCUCUGACUCCAGUGGAUGCUCCUCCUGUGAUUGCUCUGAGUGUAGAGAAAGAGGAGAUGUGUGUGAUACUUGCUCCAUGUACAAUCAGAGCUCAAACCCACCCUCCGUUAGAAAUAAAUCCCCAUCUAAGGAUAGAAAAUCUAUGAAACCUGUCGAUCUUAUAACUCCAGACUCACCCCUCACAGCUUGGAGAAAAAAUAUGAUCAGAACGUCUGGAGCUGAUGAUAUUGCUGAAAGAUUAGAAUCUAUGGCAGGAAUGUCUGCGUCUGCUCUUCCCCGCCCCAAAACUCCAAAAUCUGCCAAAUCCACCCGCCGACAAAUCCGCCAAACGGUCCGUGAGGCGGAUUUGUACAGUUCCAGCUCAGAGUGCCCCUCGCUUCCCCGGCAAAGACCAAAGUUCCGGUCAAUUUCCCGAGAGCGUUCCUUUGCAGCUCGAGAAGCUGAUCGUGUUCUUGUUAGAACGGGAAGUUCAGCAGCUACUAAGCAUAAGACAAAUGAGUUUGUUCCUGGAGUUUCAGUCAAAUCAGUUGAUAUUGGAGGUAAACCUACUAGUAAGCAAUCUGUCGAUAUUGGAGGUAGAAACCCUAGCAAACAAUCAGUUGAUAUUGGAGGUAGAACCUCUAGCAAGCAAUCUGUUAGCAGAACCUCCAGCAAACCAACCUCAGCCUCUGGCUCAGAUCAACACAGGGAUGGAUUUUUUAACGACUUGGACCUAAACCCCCUCUCUACCAGUAGUCCUAUUACUGGCAGGAAGAACGGAUCCAGAACUCAGAAUAUCUCCGGGUCAGGUGAAACACAAGCAGCUUCAGGUUCCAUUAGUCAUAGAUCUCCAGCUCCCACAGGAUCUAUUGCUCCUGAACCUCCUGCCAGAAACUCUAAAUCUGGUACAAUCAAAUCAGAUUCUUCGGUUUCUGCAGAUUCUUUAGGAUCUUCUGUGAGUCAUAGAAAAUCUUUUUCUGGAACUAAUAUGCAUUCUUCCCUUGGAUAUCUUCCAUAAAUCCCAUCCAUCAAUAAACAAUCAUCCCUUGGAUAUCUUCCAUUACUCUCAUCCAUCAAUAAACAAUCAUCUCUUGGAUAUCUUCCAUAAAUUCCCGGGACCAAUAGACAAUCAUUCCUUGGAUAUCUUCCAUAAUUCCCGGGACCUAUAAACAAUCAUUCCUUGGAUCCAUAUUAUUUUAUUUCUUAACAUAUUUUGUCAUUUACCAAUGUAUAUAUAAUGUAUAUAAUAAUAUAAAAGAACUAUGAAGUUAAUCUCUGAUUAAGUAAUUUUGAAAUACUUUCACAGCCUUUGUUAUACUUAACUUUAAAAUUGGUCUUUAAUGUACAUUUGUGUUGUUCCUUCUUACAUAUUUUGAUAUGGCCUCUGUGAUAAAAAUAAAGAUGUAACUAGUCAAAUUAUAAAUAUUUGAUAAAUGUUUGGUGAAGGUUUUUUUUUACACAAAAUGGAUUUGUUAAAAUGUGAAAAUGUAAAAAGAAUUCUGAAAUACCACUCCAUAUUCGUUUAUUAUAUUUAGGCCGGUUAAUGUGCAAUAUUUGUAAGCCUAAUCAUCCAUUCAAACCAUUUAACUAUAAGUACGGAUUAGUUCUUUCUAACAGGAUAAUCAAUUUUUAAAAAGUUCCGAACCUCAUUUGUUUUUGAAAAUUCUUCUAAAUUAAAAUCUGGAAUUUUUGAUAAUGUCAUCAUUUUUACAGUAACUUUAAAAAUGUCACAAUAACUCAUUUGAGAUUUUCCCAGUCAUAAUUGGCCAAAUACCGCAAUUCUUAAGAAAUUGUUCAGAGCUGGGAACUUUUGAUUUCUGGAUAUCGGGAUCAAUGCUUGAUCCACUCUUUUUCUUAACUUGAGAUUAAA